UUCACAAAUCAAAUCGAGAUUUUGUGUUUUGUUUAUUUUCUUUUUUGUUUUUGUUGAUUUUACAAAAGUUUUAUGUAAAAAUAAUAAAUAAAUUCGAAAAAAAAAACACAUAAAACUAUUUAACAAUGUCCUCAUACUCCUUCCAAGGGCGAUCCCGCCUUUGGACUCCUCGCGAUGAAGAAGAAAAUCGUGCAAUAUUUUCUGCAAUGCGACAGGAAACUGGCAUAACAAUGCCAGAAGAAUUCAAACCUGUCUACUUGGAGAACGAAGAAUACGAAGUUGAGAAAUGGAGUGCAAAGCAAUUAAUCAAACUUCUCCGAUUGUAUGGCUCCCAUCGAUGUCUCUGGGAUCUAGACGAUCCAUUUCAUAAGAAUCGCAAAAUGCGUAAAGCUGCCAUGGUUGAUAUAACAUCUGCAAUGGGUCAAGGUGUGACCAUGGAAGUUGUUAGUCAGAAAAUCAAUGUCAUUCGUUCGACUUAUCGCUAUGAGAAGCGACGAAUAAAACAACGAAUUAAGAAAGGUGUUGGAGCUAGAACCAAACUCAAAUGGUUUGCUUUAGCCGAUUCGUUUUUGAGAAAUGUUCCAAGAGCUGAUAAGUUUAAGAAACCUGAUGGAGCCGCUGAUUCAGAUUCUGAUCUGGAAGAUACAAUUGUCUUUACUAUCGACCCAGAAAUCCUUAUACCACUCGAAGAGGACAAUUCUGGCAAUCAAAAUUGCAUCACAAUUGGUGAUGAUCAGAUGACUCCUGGAAUAACAAAUGAUCCAGAAGUUACUGAAAUAAAUGAACAGACUGAAGAAAUUCAUCAAAUGCUUGAUCAUUUGGAUAAAGAUGAAUGGAUAGAAAUGAAGUGGAAAUCAAGGAAGUCAGUUGAAUUCCUUAAAGUCUAUCGUAAGCACAAGUGUCUCUGGGACACUAACGACGAAAACUAUAGAAAUAGACCAACUCGAUUGGCUGCUUUUAAGGCAAUCGCUAAAGAACUCAAAGGUAUCGGAGUUAGGCAAGUCUCGAGAAAAAUAAUCGCAUUGAGAGCAGCAUAUCGAUCAGAGAGACGCAGACUGGCAGAAGCAGCAUUUAAAGGAAUGAAAUUGAGAAGUCGAUUGAAAUGGUAUUCGUUGGCGGAUAGUUUUCUCAGACCAUUUUGUGGACUCAAGAAAAUUCCUGGAGCAGCAAUGAUCCUCGAUGAGCCAUAUGAGUUUAAUAAACAGACUGAUGACAAAACAGCAGAACAACAACCCAACUACAAUAAUGACGAUGAAAAUGUAUCUGACAUAGAUACCGACAUGGAAGAUGACUUUAACGACAGUCAAAGUUGCAAUUCUGAAGACGAGCCAAUAGCUCGUUUAAAAGUCGAUAUCGAAAUAAAAUCAGAUCCUGAAGAUGGGAAGAAAAAGAAUGACUCAAAAUUAAAGCCAGUUGUUAAAAUCCCUCGAAUUCGUAUAAAACCAAUUGUUAGACCUUGGACAUUGGCCGAAUCUAUACAAUUUAUAGAACUCUUUCGAAUCCAUGAAUGUCUGUGGGAUAGAAAACAUCCAAAUUAUAAAAAACUCCCUGAACGUUCGAUAGCUUAUGAAGAUAUUGCUCAUAAAAUGGACAUGCCCGAGCGACGAAUACGAAAAAAGACAAAAAUCCUCCUAAAGGCUUACUAUGCCGAACGGAAGAAAAUCGAAUUGGCAAUGGAAAAGAAUGUCACUUAUCAAACAGAAUUGGUUUGGUAUAAUAUGGCUGAUGAGUUUCUUGGUCGUAAAGUUGAAGAAAUUAUGCCUCCCCCGACGAUGGCUCCGAUGAGUUUUGUCGAUCCUGAUUUAAUGUCACCAGCUCCGUCAUUAUUUCGUGAUUCAAAUGAAGAUAAAGCAAUCAAAAUGGAAGCACCUGGUUCUCCAAUGUCUGAUUCACCAGAUCAUUUUGAUGAUAUUGUUAAUUCUCCUGAAAUUCCAUCUCCUAAAGCUCUGCCAUCACAGUCUUCUGUAAAGGUUUUUAUAAUUUCUUCUCCUAUGCAAGAUUCACAAAAUGAAACAUCAAAUAAUCUAUCCACUUCCGGUCCAUUAGUUGAAAUCGAUCAAAAACCAGAAGUCUUGAAUAAUGAAACCGCAGAAUCGGAGAUCAAACUUGAGGAACAACCCGAUGAUGAGUUCCCAAAGCCUCAAUCUGCCGAUGAACAGCCAACAAAAAUAAUAUGGAACGGUUUGGAGGAUGACCUCCUCGAGGGAAAAUGGAGUUUAAAGAAUUCCGUAAAAUUCCUACGAUUGUAUGGAGCUCAUCGUUGCCUAUGGGAUUUGAAUAAUCCCGAUCAUCGUGUCAAGGAUCUACGUGAAGCUGCUCUUGAAGAUAUAGCUGCAGCAAUGGGUCAUGGCUUAGAUGCCGAGUAUGUUUGGAAAAAGAUUAAAAUAUUUCGCAUUACUUAUAUGCAACAUCGAAAGAGAAUGCUGGAAGCCAUUAAAGCUGGCAAAGAACCAGAAAUCCAGUUGAGAUGGUUUCCAUUGGCUGAUAGUUUCUUACGUCCACAUAUUGGGUUGAGGUCGAUUAAGGCCGAUGAAAAGGAAAUGCCACAAUUUGACUUUCAAUAUGUUUAUGCCAAUUUGAAUCUAAUUGAUCCGGCAUUAUUGAAUGAUUUCGAGGGCAAAGGAACACAGAAUUCAAUACAACUUGGAGGUGGCAGUGAUGGUGUCGGAGUACAAAAAGGAAUGAAUAUUGCAGAGCAAUCGAGUUCUGAAGAUGAAGUUGAAGAUGAUUUUGAUGAUGGAUUUUUUAAGAAAGAAAAUCCAGAAAAGAAAGAAAGUGUUGAAGAUAGAGAUGAAGAAUGAAAUUUAGGAAAAAGGAUAUUGU